AAAUGGCGGCGGUCGCAUCAGAUGGAGUUUCAGCUCCUUUACCCGGGCGAUGUGGCUUUUAUGUGGCAAAAAAGAAACGUUACUGUAAAAUGGUGGCUGGGAAUGGAAGAAAGUUUUGCGGUGAACACGGAAAUGCAGAUCCACAUUGUGAGAGAAAACGGAUCCCCUGCCCUCUGGACCCAAAGCACACUGUGUUUGAAGACAGUUUGGUAAAACACCUGAAAAAGUGUAAUUCAAAGGAGAAGCCCAAACCUGUCUACUAUGUGAAAGACAUCAAUGCUGGGUCUGUAACUGAAGAGGAAAACGCCACUGAUGAGGUGUCGAUUGCUGAGCGAUCAAAAGAGGAGCUGGAUGGUCUUAUUCAGAAACUGAAGACUGCAGUGAAAGGAUUAAACACAGAACCUGACACGAGCCUUCUCUCUCAUCCGGCUUUAAACGAAGCUCUUAACGAUCCCAAGAAUGGGAACUUUGCUUUUAAACACCUCAAGCAGCAGGCCUCAAUCCUGGGGAAUAUGGAGGCUCUGGAUCUCCUCGGGUCGAAGAGAUGUUAUGUGGAGUUUGGUGCUGGAAAAGGUAAACUCUCUCACUGGAUUCACGUUGCCCUUCAGGAAGCCGAGAACGUCCACUUCCUGUUAGUGGAGAGGUCCAGUACUCGCUUUAAGGUAGAUGGCAAACACAAAAACACAGACUCAACAUUCGACAGGCUGCAGGUUGACAUUCAGCACCUUGACUUAAGCAGAGUGCCGUUUUUACAAGAAAAACGACUUCCUGUAAUCGCAGUGGGCAAACAUCUGUGUGGUGCAGCAACAGAUUUAGCUCUGAGAUGUUUAUUUGAGCGCAGUGCCAAAGACCAUGAGCCUCCUACUAAACGUUUAAAACUGCAGGAAGGCAGUGAGGAGGUGAUGCAUGGUUCUGAAAGCAGCAAGGAGGUCGUGGUGUCGGGGCUCGCUGUCGCACUCUGCUGCCAUCAUCGCUGUGACUGGAGGCAUUAUGUAGGAAAGGACUUUUUCCGAGAGCGAGGUCUCGGAGCCACAGAGUUUUCAGCUUUCCAGCGCAUGUCCAGCUGGGCUACGUGUGGCAUGAGCAAAGUCAAAUCCUCCUUAAAUCCUGAGAACUCCUCCCAAGAGAACGUCAAAGACGAAGAAGGAGAAGAGGGUGAACACGAAGGGAGUUCUGAAGACGUACCUGAUCAUCUCAACAAUGCCGUUUCAGCAGAGGAGCGCGAGUACGUCGGACGCCUGUGCAAGAUGCUGAUCAACCACGGCAGGCUGCAUUACCUCCAGCAGAAAGGCUUCACAUCCAGCCUCAGAUACUACACCAGCCGAGACGUGUCUUUAGAGAACGUCCUCCUGACUGCGCUUCCCAGUUAAAAACACAAACUCUUCAGACAGAGACACAUAGCAAAAAAAAAAAGAUGAGCUCAUUUUUCGUUUUCUCUUUUUUUGGGUCACAGUGGCAGCAGCAGAGAACAAAACCGCUCUCACUAGGCCUAGGCUACUGAAGCAUAACACAUCUUGACAGGACGGGACAGGACAGGACAGGUUCAUCAGGACAGGAGGCAACAGCACCAGUAGCAGCAGCAUGCAGGACGGAGUCACGCCACUUCCUCUAUCAUAUCCUCCAACUUCACAUUUAGCACUGAUGUAUAAGUUUGGGAUCCUGAAACACAUUUUUGAUGGACAGCAGUUCAUACAAGAGCUGUGCAGGUUUCUUAAUGGAUUAUUUUAUUGGAAAUGAAAACUAUCCUAGCAUUUGUAAGCACAGUGCAUAUUGAGUACGGCGUAACCUCUUUUGCGGGCUUCGUGGAUGUAAUGGUGCAUGAACUCUCGGCCAAACAUCUCUCUAUCGUUCUCCUCCUCUGCCACGUCCUCUUUUAGUUCAGGAAGAGUCACGUCAUAUAUCAGAGGGUUGUCUCGGAAAUUUACAAACCUGCCAAAAACAUUAUUUUUACAUUAUUUUUAUUUUUUAAAAUAUUAUUUUAAAGAUUCUUCCAAUCAGUAAAAUGAGAAUCGAACAGUCUGUCUUCAAAAAUUGAAAGUGGAAGUAACCACCAUCAGAAAUAAAUGCUCAUCUUUCACAUUCCGCAUCCUUUUGUACCAAGUGAAUUUUAUUUGCAUUUGGUCUGACUGCUGUUUUAUCUGAAAAAUUUGAAAAGCAUAGUUUUCAGAUGUCUUCUGUAUCACCAUGAUCAUCAAUGCUACGACUAAACCAUACAUCUGGGCACCUCUGCAGUUACAGUAUAUAUUUACAGGAGCCUUUUUUUUCCCAGUUUUCUGCCAUCAUUUAAGAAUAGUAUACUAAGUAACUUUAAAAACGCACAAUGGAAUUCAACACGAUAUCACUUUAGAUCCAUGCAUAUAUUUGAAAUUUAUGAUAUUGUAUGUAAUGCACACACAUCUUGAAACAUCGAUAAAGGACAUUUAUUGUCAAACUCAAGAAUUAAUUCACAAUAAAUAAAUUCAAAGUGACAGUUGGUCCAUGUUCGGACCGUCAUGCUGGAGAUUCUGGGUCUGUGUCGUCCAGGGGUCUCAGCAGCAGUGACUGAGGGUGUCAGGAAUCUGUCACGGAGGUGAGCUAGCCUGAUGUGCUGAUCCUGAACUGGCGUCGUGACUCGAGACUGACCAGGGCGUGGACGAUCCCUGGUGCUCCCUGUCUGUCUGUAAUGCUGACUCAAACGGGAAACGGUCGAAUGAUGAACACCGAAGUGCCGGGCGACCUCUGUCUGUGUACUUCCGGCACGCAACAUCCCGAUGGCCUGUUCACGUUGAUUUUGGCUUAGGCGUGGCAUCUUCAAUAAUGACAAUUUUCCCAUCGUUUCCCCCGGGUAUUUAUAGGCAAGAUUGUGUGUGUGUACAGUGUAUGCAAAAUUUGUUUGAAAAUUAAAGCCUGUCCAUGUCAUUGACUACCCGAGUCAUAUUGUACGUUAUUGAGUACAACUCCCUUAAAUUCUGAUUUGAGCACAGAUUUGGAACUUAUUCGGGCGGAACGAAGUUAUUUUUCCAUUGUGAUAUAUUUCUUUUCUUCUUGAGAUAAACUCAGCACGAAUUCAGCAAGUUUUAUCAAUGUGCGUUUUUAAAGUUACUUAGUGUAUGUACCUGAGGUUGGUCAUGCCCUCCAUCAGUGGAGGAAUGUCUCUCAGCUUGUUCUUGCUGAGCACCAGCGUGUCCAGGUUAUGCAUGCGGCUGAUGUUGUCUGGUAGAUACUCCAGCUCGUUUCUCUGGAGCCACAGCGUGUGCAACCUCUCCAUCCUGGAUCAAACGGGAAAUUAAAAAAAAAAAGCUAUGGCGUUUUAAUUAACGGCGGCAAGGCAAGCCAACGUUGUUUACAGAGAUCUGCUCCAUGAUGACGUUUAUCUAUUACAGGCUAAAUGAUUGAUAAAUGAUGCCUAGGUCAGGGGUAAGGACACACUUGUGUGAUUUACGGUUUGUGUACCUGUGGAUGUCAUCUGGUAACCUUUCUAGUUUGUUCCCACCCAUGUCCAACCACUCAAGAGCAGGAAGAUUCACCACACACUCAGGGAUUGUGCUGAACUGAUUCAUCGAGAGGUCCAAGUGGUGUAGUUUCUUCAGAUUGCUGAGCUGAGGAACCAAUAACAGAAAUGGCAUUCUGUGAAGAUGUCAUUGUUGAAGUGUUAGAACUCUGGCUCAGACCAAAUCGAACAGUCCAAGAGCAUCUCAUCUCAGGCCAGCUUCGGUGAAAGAGAGAUUCUGUAUCGACUCGACUGCAGGAAGUGAAUCAAGCAGGCUGUGUGUUUUGGGUGGAAGUGGUGUGGGGUUUUUUGUUUGGUGUAGACGUGAGCUGCUAAACUGAGCCUAAAAACAGAGCUGUAGCACUUAGAAACGCCAUGUGUUCUGGAGAUUUGGUUGAACAAAAAGAUGCCGGAUGUAACACAAUCAGUUACUUCUCUAAUUAUUUAUUUAAUCCUGUGUCCAUGUUUUCCAUGGGUGUCCCCACCACCACCACACGCACCUCGUACGCUGACAAAAUACGAGUGUAAGUAUGGGUGUAGGUGUUCCUGUUAUACCGGCAACUCAUUGUAUGGUAUCUAGAUUCUUUAUAUAGGAUGUAACUAAAACUAGCUUCAUAUUGUAUGAUUUUUGGCCCAGUUUUGUUUGUUGCAAACACAAUCUGUCCAAUGUAAAAAUUAUUUGAGCUUAAAUUGAGAUCAGCAGUCUGAUUAUCAGAAUGCUUGAUAUGACUGCUGAUCACGUAAGUGCCACUGUGACCAAAGACAACCAACAACAAAUUUGUUAGUGUGAGAAUGUUUAAAAUUGUGAGCACUGCUGUGAUCCUUAUAUAAAAGCCACCAACAGAAGACCUAAUACCUGGUGUGGAAGCUCGUCCAGAUCCCGGUUCAUUGCCAGUUCCAGUCGCUCCAAACACUCACAGCUGCACAACUCCUCAGGUACAUAGUUCAGUCUGUUGUAACUCACAAGGAGCUCUCGUAACCGGGUUAGCUUACCUGGUGAGAAGACCUUUAUACCAUUAUGAAACCAUAUAAAGACAAUACUGUCCUAUAAUACGCCAAUGGUACCCCAGUGGUUCCUGGAGAACCUGUGCAUGUUUUAGAAUUUUCCCUGAUGAGAACAAUCAGAAAAGGGAAAGCAAUUAAAUACGAAGAGCCUGUACUGACCAAUUUCUUUAGGAAUUUCUGUGAUUGCGUUGCGGGACAGGUCCAGAACUAUAAGGCUCUGAAAGCUAGCGAUGAAGUGUGGGAUCUUCUGAAGUCCUGUUCGGUGAAGCUGCCACUCCUGAAUCUGAGAGAGCUGGACCAGGGCUGCAGGAAGAGCCUGAAAAUCCACAUCUGUCAAACUCUGUGAUGAAGUAAACGGAGGGAAAAAUCGAAUUCAGGUUUUCUGGAGGUACCUUCCAUGCUUCGUUUUCAAUGCGUAGGAUGACCCUCCCAUCCUCAGUCACAAUUUUUUCCUUUAACUUGGCCAAGGUGAUCCGAUCUUCCCAUGCCCCCGUCAACCUAACAGAGCAAAGAAAUGUAUAAAAAUGAGCUUCUUUGUUUUUCAGCGUUGUUGUUAUAUAGACUGGAUGUGUCCAAAUCCAUUGUUGAGCUUUAAUUUGAAAUAUACUUUUAUCCGAACUCCAAGCACAAAUUGGAACCCUUGCAAAAAGACUGCAGUUCUCUUGCUCUCGUUGGCACUAGUUUGUCAUGUAACCCUCAUGCAGACCUCACUAACUGCUCAAGUACCACUGCUUAGGAUUGAUUCUGAACAUUUACAAGACACCAGUAGAAGACCAGUGAUUUCGCACUUAGCCGAAGAUCCUGGUUGUAUUUGACCAUGUUCGCAUUAAAAGCCUUGUUGUUCAAUUCUGA